GGAAGGGUGUCAGAAGUAUGAAUUUAGGUCAUGCAUGGUGGUGCCAUGCCUGUAAUUCCAGCACUUGGAAGGCUGAGACAGGAGGAUUGUUUUGAGUUUGAGACCAGCCUGGGCUACAAAGUGAGCUUGCUUGAACUGCAUAGCAAAACUGUCUCAAAAAGACAAAAGAUCAAAAAAAGAAAAAAGUACAAGUUUAGAGUGGCUGAAUGGAGGUGGGUGGGUGGGGUUGCCCAUUGGUGAGGGAUAACAUGGGGUAUGAUGAGCCAUUUUACAAUUUGUUUUUUAUAAGGCCAUGAGAAGCCUUUGACGAGUUUGGGGAAUUAAGACAGGGAGGUUGAUGAGGAUGAAGGAAGGGGUAAGGAAGACAAGGCUGGGACACUGGCUGCUGAGGUAGAGGAACAGAACACCAAGAGCUGUUUAGGAAGAAAUAACAGCCUGGUGACCUUGGAGAGGAACAAAGAGAGAAGCUGGGGGAGGCCCUGUUUGCUCUGUUCCCAGAGAAUGAUGAUCCUGCAGGGCAUCCAGGGGCCCCUAAGAGAUGGGUCAGGCUAAAGAUUCAUUAGUGGAUAGGUGGGAGUGGGUGGGGUGGCCCAGAGGUGGCCAAAAGAAACCUACUAGAAAAGGCACAUCCCGAAGAGGAAUGAAGAAAAGCAGGAGAUCUGGAAGACAGGAUACUCAAUGAUGUUAUGGAGGCUGCCUUAUCAGUCAAGGUUGAGGAACACCCUUUGGUGUUCCUAUACCACAGGAGGUAGGAAGUGAGGCAGUGAAAAAAGUCCGAAGACUUAUUAGUUUACGAAUGGAAAAGUGUAAAGGUUGGGAUAAAGAGUUUGCUUUUUAAGGGAGAAGCAUACAACCCCAGAAAGAGGAUGGUGCUGGGUAGCACCAUUUUUUAGCAGCCUGUUCUCAGACUAUGGAGUGGGGUAGCUACUCCAGUCUCUAUUGCAUGGGCCAGGACCCAGGGAUCUUGAGUUCAGGAUGAAAGAGCUGUGAGCUGGCAACAGAGCUAGGCAAGGACUGAGCCCUUCAUCUCUCCAGGGUGCCUCUCCGUGCUCGUGUCACAGCUCAAAUCUUUGCCUAUGAGAUUAUAAUAAGCCUCCUCAAACUUCAGUGGCACAGGCGAGAUGGUUCUUUCCUCCUGUAGGAAGCUAUGCUGGGGACCAGAGAACUCAAAAGGAUCUGGGCCCCUGGUUGUAUAUUGCAGGGGACAGAUGAAGGGCAAGGAAGCAGAGAGGGAAGAGUUCUGGACUGAAUUCCAGAAGACUUCAGGGCUGUACUAUAUCUCUUGGCAAUCAUUUAACUCCCUGAGAAGCAGUUUUUCCAUCUGGGGACAAGCAACUAGAAUUGUUGGCAGGGUUCUUUUAAAGAAUUGGAUGCGUUGUCUUGCAUGCGCACGCAUGGUGCGUGCGUGCGUGCGUGUUUGUUUGUGUACUCGGUAAGAUGAUCCAGGAGUAACAGGUAGCCAUGUUUCCCAGAGGCAGUUUAUGGCCCCCUGCCUGGUGGGAUCAGGGUUGCUGAAGAGAGGUGCUCUGAAAAAUGACUCAGGAUAGUGGCCAGGUAGAUACCUAAGACCCUCUGCCUGUGGCCUAACGAUUUGGGACCAGUCAGCUCAAGGACUCUGGUCCCACCCUAUCUCCACAGAGACAGCAGUGAAGGGACACAAACGGGAUACUUCCUAAGCCUCAGAAAGGUAGAUUUGUGGAGUCUGAAAGCAUGUGACCAGGCCUUCCCCCGCUCUCAGUCCUCUGCUGAAGCAUCCUCUCAGGAAUUAAUUAAUCCCUACUUGGAACUGGUUCCCUCUGCACUGGGGCGGAGCUGAGCUCCAGAGGUCUGGGCACGCACAGCACAGCUGGAGGGUCACGUGGCACAGCUGUGGGCCCCCCUUCCUGCCAACGCAGCAUUUGGCUCAAACCCUGUCUAUGGCCGCCCUUGGGACACUGUGCUGAGACCUCGAGGCCUCAGCGUCAGGGGGUUGCGCCGCUUCUAAGGGCCUUGAGAGGGCAGGGCUGGGAGCCCCUGCCCACUCACUGCCUGUCACUCUACCACUUCGGGAGGCCCUUCUAAGGGAGGAAAGGCGCUGGCCACACGGACAUGAGGAGGAGGCUGCGUUUACGCGGGGAUGCGUCGCUCACACUGCUUCUCGGCGCCGCCCUGGCCCUCCUACUUUACGCCCAGCGCGAUGGCUCAGCCCCAACCUCAAGUGCGCCGCAAGAGCCAGGGCGGGUAGCACGGAGGCCAACACUGAGGCCCCGCAUGUUCCAGGUACCAGAUGUACCAGACGCAGGCGCAGCCCCACCGGCCUAUGAAGAGGACACACCCGCACCCCACACGCCUCCUGGUCCAUUUGACUUCCGCGGCUACUUGCGUGCCAAGGACCAGCGGCGCUUCCCUCUACUCAUUAACCAGCCGCACAAGUGCCGCGGCGAUGGCGCACGUGGUGGCCGACCGGACCUGCUCAUCGCUGUCAAGUCUGUGGCCGCUGACUUUGAGCGGCGCCAAGCUGUGCGCCAGACGUGGGGCUCUGAGGGUCGCGUGCAGGGGGCGCUCGUGCGCCGAGUGUUCUUGCUGGGCGUGCCCAGGGGCCCAGGCACGGAAGGGGCAGAUGCAGAGGGGGCGGCCAUGCCUGCGCACUGGCGCGCCCUGCUGCAUGCUGAAAGCCGUGCCUAUGCAGACAUCUUGCUGUGGGCCUUUGACGACACCUUUUUCAACCUAACACUCAAGGAGAUUCAUUUUCUGGCCUGGGCCUCAGCCUUCUGCCCUGAUGUGCACUUUGUUUUUAAGGGCGAUGCUGAUGUGUUUGUGCACAUAGGGAACCUGCUAGAGUUCUUGGCUCCUCGGGAUCCAGCGCAGGACUUGCUUGCCGGUGAUGUGAUUUUGCAGGCACGGCCAAUCCGCGUGCGGAGCAGCAAGUACUACAUCCCCGAGGCCGUAUAUGGCCUGCCUGUCUAUCCAGCCUAUGCAGGCGGUGGUGGCUUUGUUCUUUCUGGAGCUACACUGCGCCGCCUGUCCAGUGCCUGCAAGCAGGUUGAGCUCUUUCCCAUUGACGACGUCUUUCUGGGAAUGUGCCUGCAGCGCCUUCGGCUUACACCUGAGCCUCACCCAGCUUUCCGCACCUUUGGCAUUUCCCAGCCUUCAGCUGCGCCUCAUCUGCACACCUUCGACCCUUGCUUCUACCGUGAAUUGGUUGUAGUGCACGGGCUCUCUGCUGCUGAUAUUUGGCUUAUGUGGCGCCUGCUGCACGGGCCAUAUGGGCCGGUCUGUGCACAUCCACAGCCUGUUGUUGCAGGCUCCUUCCAAUGGGACUCUUAACUACUUACCAGUGGCUGACUUCUGUCACUCAGCCCCAGGGUUCCCAACUCAGAUUACUAUUGUGUAUGUGGCCCUUGUCCAAACUACUGGGUGUCUGCCUCAGGAUCCUAAAGAUUACUGAGUUUGCCUCCUACUGGCCCACAUCAGAAGCAGGUCUAGAAUCAGUCAUGGUGACUCACUAAGAUGGCCAGGGUUGGGCCAGCAGGCCUUAGACCUGUAGAUAUAUUUAGUUUUCCUAGUAGCAAAUAGCUAUGUAUUUUGGUGGGAGCUUAGUUUCAAACCCCUUGGACGAUGUAGACACAUUCAGGGGAGGCUCAUCCUCUUUAAGGUCAGGCCUCAGAGCCAACACAGCCUUAGUAGGCAUAUGCCACAGCCCAAUUUGUUUUUUGGGAGUACUGGGAAUUGAACUCAGUACCUCAUGCUUGCCAGGCAGGUGCUAAAUCAGCUUCCAUAGUUCAAUUUACUUAAAGAAGACAUCACCCCCUCCUCCAAACUGAAUUCCAAGCCUUAAAUUUAAACCUUUCCACUGUGAGAUCUUUCCUGGACCCAACCCUUUCAGGGCCCAGGUCUGACUGGAAGACCAGGGACAGAGUCACAGAGACAACUGUGUCAUGGUCCUACUUCUUUAUCCCCUUAACACCCUCACUGUUAAGUCAGUAUUCUUCUUCUUUUUUUUUUUUUUUUUUUUUUUUUUUUGGUCUUUUUCCUUUUUAUCGGUACCAGGGAUCGAACUCACGACUGCCUGCUUGCAAGGCAGGCGCUUAUGCCGCUGAGCUAAAUCCCCAGCCCUAAGUCAGUAUUCUAAUGCUCCUACGGAGCCCUUUUAAGUCUCCUCCACUAUAAAUUUUUCCCACAUUCUUCAACUACCCCCUUAAGAACCAACACCUCCACAACUUAUUUUAAUACAAACAUCCCGGCAACAGCACAUGGCAGGCUGCUGCUGAGGGCAUAGGUGCUUUAUUGGAGAGAAUGUAGGUACGGGAUGAGGAAGGUUCCCCCUUCCAAGAGGAGAGGGAACAGUCCUGGCUACCCCUGACAAUGAGAUAUGCAGGGUCUCUGGCCAGACUGUGGUCAAAAUGGGAAGACACUCAGUCACAAAGUCAUGGGUAUGCCACAUAAGCCUGGCUAUAGGUGCAGGAACCAUACAGGCAAGCACCUGAGGCAGGUCCCUUGCACACUCAUCAUGAACUAUACAGAAUGAGGCUGUACAUGAGUUAAUUACAAAAGAGUCAUAUUUACAAAAAUCUGUACACACAUUUGAAAAACUCACAAAAUUGUCAUCUAUGUAUCACAAGUUGCUAGACCAAAAUAUUAAAAAUGGGAUAAAAGUA